AUGGAUCAGAGUUCACUUCCUCCUCCACCCCCGCCGCCCAAGUCGGCCAUACCUCGUCGUGGGCCUCCUCUCACGGCCAUUCGAACAGACCUUGCGCAGCAGCAGCCACCGCCGCCGCUGCAACAGCAACAACACCAGCAACCGCAACAGCGCACCCGUCCAGUUCUACAGAAACCCCGCCCUCAACGCCUCCGACCUACUGAAGUCAUCGCAAACCAACCGCCAAGCGUCCCACUACAAUCCGAGCCGACGAAAAGGGUAGCUUCUAAAACCAGUCUACGGGGCCUAUUUGCGCGAAACAAAGCUCUGCGCGAGGAAAGAAAGACAGAAAUUACUCUACCAGCGGUUGGUGAGAGGCGCGGUUCGGCGACUCCGUCAACCACAGCGCCGGAUACCCCGCGGUCUAUUGCGCAUACAUUUGCUUCCGGAUCGACAUUGCAUGGAUCGCCGCAAGUGGCUACGCCGACAGAAUCGACAUUCAAUUCGGAUAGACCGAGAAGGAGUACACAAGUGAAACCGGAACCGAAUUCAAAGGUCGCUUCGUCGUGGACACCUCCGCCGCUGUUUCAGGCGUACCCGCAGGCGUCAAAGCAUGCACGGCUUGCGGUUCCUAAUAUUUCUCCAGAUACAAUUCUGCGCACACAGGCAACGCAGGCUGUAAAUUCUCGCAAUGCUUCUCAACCAGAUGAGGGAGAAGGCGGAGACGCCGACGUUGCAAAGAAUGGCAAGAAAGGCGCAAAAGACAAGAAACCCGUCAAGCGCGGUCGAGCAAAUACACUCGACCAGGUUGUACUUCUCAAAAAGAUAUUCGUGCUGGUAACGGCGGGCUACCUCCUACAAUACUCUGGAGAGGGCAGUUAUAACCGACUCCCAGAAAAGAUUAUGCGCCUUGGCCCAGCUUCAGCCGCCUUUGCCAGUGACUCUAUUCCGGGGAAACAUCAUGUCGUGCAAAUAUCACAAAAGUCUAUAGAUGAUGGCACGGCUCCUGCAGCUUCUGGACGCACAUUCCUAUCAAGAUUUGGUUUGCAUACUUCCGAGUCACGUCGGUCCGUACGGACAUUUUUAGUCAUUAUGUCUAGCGCUCAGGAGAUGAAUAGCUGGCUCAUUGCAUUUAGAAAGAUGAUUGAGUCCUUGGGUGGGAAGAAAUAUGUCCCAGAACCGGCGCUAGGCGAUGACAGCGAAGUUCAAGAAGUCCCUAGUAAUACCUUCCUUGCCCACCGUGGUUCAAGACUCCUGGCUAGUCGCAAGCCCAGUUUGAGAGAGCCUAAUCCGCCCUCCCCAUUAUCGGACACAUUUCCACUUCCACCCUCGGCAGCUUCUACUCAUAGGAGGAGUUUAUAUCAAGAGGAAGAACAAGAGCAGCAACCGCGGCAACAACCGAGAAUACCCAGUCCAGUGAAGACGUCAAAUCGCCUUUCAAUCCCAGGACCACUAGAUAUUGUGACAAUCCCCACAGCGAAUACAUUUGGGGAAUCUGAUAUAAUCUUCGAAAAUCCGCGAGAUGUUCCUCAACCAACACAAUCAAGCAAAGUCACCCCCAAUUCUCCCCCGCCUAUACCACCCCUUGCGGUCGAGACGCCCGCUCAAUCUCCUUCAGUGACUCCACGGCUGCGAAAACCUUCAACGUCCACCAGCAAUAAUACAAAUCGGCGCUCAUUUAUUUCGUAUACCGCAACCCAACUAGAACGCCAAGGAGAGAUUGCCAGAGCUAGUCGUCCUUUGUCGUUUGUCGGCGAUGGCCCUAGUAGCACUGCUACUCAGAAAGGUCCAUCUCCUCCCCCACAAAAUAGAAGCGUUCCGGGCCCCAAUGUACGACUUUCUUUACUGCGUGGUGACAGUUCACGGUCAAUAUUGUCUGAUGAUGGCGCAUCACGAAAGGCGCCUACGAUAGAGCCUGCAUCAAAAGUCCCUAACAGAACUGCGCAAGAAGCCCCAACAUCAAGCGUUGGAAUAAAACCCGACUCAAUUCUCAACACACAAAAGCGACAAUCAUUGAUGUUGUCAAGCCAAAGCGCGAACCCAACUAGUAGUUCGGCUAUUGCAACUGCCAGGACGAUCCCUACCAUCCCACCUCGUAAAUAUUCAUUGACGAGAACGGAAAGUUCUGAAUGGGUCACGCCUGCAUCUGGCACCCCAAGACACUACCAAAAAACUAAGUUGCCAGACAUGAACCAUACGCCUCGCUUGCCACAACAAAGACUUGCCCAGCUGACUCAAUCUCGGCUUCCAUCCGUCACUGAAAAGGGACGGCCUCUGACUCGGCUGCCAAAGAUGAACAGUGAUUCUUCGGAGUCCACAAUACCUACAACUACACCGCCACCAAGCAAUCUUGCUCGGUUCGCCUUGGGCAAGGAUAGAGCAAGCAGAGCACCUGCUUCUACAUCCAAAACAGGAGACCCUCAGAAUCGAAGUGCAUCCGUAGUAAGCCAUCAACAACCACCACGUCAGACGACAACCACGUCCGUCUCUGAAGACCAACCAGGACCACAGAGUCGAACCACCACUCCAGCUUCCUCGCCACAAACGCCCCAAACGCCUAGAGAAGAGUCCAGUCGACGCAACUCGCUCAUCACCUCCCAACCACAAUCCCAACAAACAUCCCCUCGCGCACGCCGCAACCCCAAUCUAUCCCUCCUACCGCCCGCUCCUCCACCAAACGUUCCCCUCCCUGAUGCACCACCGCCAAACAUAGCCUUCCGACAUAUUUCCCUUUGGCAAAAACGACAUCUCCAGCAACCUUCACAGCCUCCGCAAUCACAAUUACCACAACCACCUCCUCUCCCACCGCCGCCGCCGCAACAAACGCAACAACAAACACAUCUACCGCGACCAUCCAUAUCAUCCUCAUCCCUGGCAUCAGCAGCAUCCUCACCCGCUCCUCCUGAGGCCUCGGCAAAUCAACAACACGCCCGCCGCCGAAGCUCUGAAUUGCGCAGCUUACAUCUCCAAAUGGCAAACAUGCUAAACGACAGCAUCAUGCACAGAAAACAAUCCGACGUCUCUCUCUCAGGAACUACUACCACUACUACCACCACCACGGCUACUACCACGGCAGACGCAACGCCAACAUCCGAAUUUCCGCCGCCAUUGGGUCUGAAUCUAAACUUCAAUCCGCCGCAAAAGCUGAACGAGCAGUCGCAAUAG